GUAACAGGGCAGAAGAUGUGCAUGUAUUCCUUCUCCCUGUUCGCGGAUGGCAUCUAUCUAAUGCUGGAGACGGGAUGCGUGUCUCUGCCGAUGGCAGUUAGUGAGUUGCUGCCGUUUGUCGACGAUCUUGAGCAUUUAUUGGGAUUCCGGGAACUCUGCUCCGAUAUUGCCGAUCGCCUGUCUGGGAAGAGUGUGGCAAACGACGACCAAAGCCAAGCAAAGCACCUCCGGAAGACUCUGACGACGCCGCAGUUUCGGCAGGUGGUCGAUAACACCAAAUCCCGGAGGAGAAAGUCCAGCAUUCGGCAUGAUUAA